CUGCUGGGGAAUUCAGCCCCACACCAGGCUGCUCAGUGACAGCGGCUGCUGGCAGCUUUGCUAGGGCCUUGGAGUCCUGCAUGUCUGAUCCAGGCAGAUCAGACAGGACUGUGCCAUUUGAGGGUAGCCCAGCCUGUUUGGUAAUGCUUUGUUGGCACCAGGAGGUGCUGUUUCUGCAUGAUUGUGGUAAAGUCAUUCAGACUCUGUACAGUAUCACGUGGUAUAUCUUUUACUUGAGGCAACACUACAAGAAAAAGAGGAUAGUGCAGAUGUUCUUACAUCUCUUUAAAUGCUGGUAGUCCUGAGAGUCACAUGGUGUGAUGGGUCUCCAGUCAGGGUGCAGCAGGCUGCACGGAUCCAGUCCUUGCAAAGGUUUUCCCAUUGUAGUUCUUCAAGUUGUUACAGUUUUUUCUUUAAAGAGAGCAACUCUAUCCAUUUAUCUUAUUGUAAAAUUGUAAGGAUGUUCAUAUGAGAACUUCUUGAUGCAGAUCUGGACAAAGGCAAGGCCAUGCAGGAGAUGUAAUUGCUGCUACUGAGUGAAAGCUGUCUGUGGGCUGCUCUCUUCCAGUGACUUGGCUGAGUUUAUCCUGCAGCCAUGAGAUUUGUGCGGCACAACAAAGGCCUGAAGGCCAAGCUGCACAUGCAGCCCAGCACAGUGCAGGCCCAGGUCUGUUUAGGUUAAUGGUUAACUGGCUCUCCCUGAUGUACUGUGAUUUCCUUCUCAGGAUCACUGCAGCACCAGAAUUGACUGAGCACUACCGACUUGACUGGCACCGCUUUAACCUGAAGCAGCGACUCCAAGGCCGCCGGGUACUGAUGGUGGAAGAAUUUGAGGAGAAGAGCAGAGCAGGUGAUAUUUCCAGCAUCUCAGGGUCUGAUUCAGAGAGCUCUGAUGCAAGCAGUGAGUCAGAAUCGCCUUCUCCUGCCAGCAACAGCCCUUCCACCCCCCAGCAUCCCCGCUCACACAAGGUGCUGUUCCGCAAUGCAAGGGGACAGUUCAUUUCUGCCUAUCGCUGCAUACUGAGCACUGGGAAGGGUGGCUGCAAGGAGUCCAUAGAGCUGAUAGCCUCACUGCAGAGCCUCAGUGCAAGCACAUGCUGGGUUAUACUGAUGAUGGGCGGUGGGCACUUUGCAGGAGCUGUGUUCCGUGGCUCCCAGGUGCAGGAACACAAGACCUUCCACCGCUACACUGUACGAGCCCGGCGGGGCACAGCCCAGAGCCUACGGGAUGCCCAGACUCCAGGAUCAGCACCCAGAUCAGCAGGAGCCUCCCUGCGGCGUUACAAUGAAGCUGCACUGCUCAAGGAUAUUCAGGACCUGUUGGCAGCUUGGGCACAGCACCUGAAGGAAGCUCAGCGCAUCUUUCUCCGAGCCCCUCGUCACAAUCGGGCGCUGCUCUUUGAUAGCAGAAACCCCCACCUCAGCCGGGAAGACCCCCGUGUCUGCCACAUCCCCCUCAGCACACGCAGGGCCACCCUGAGGGAGGUGCUGCGAGUCCAUGCUGUGCUGUCCAGCCUGCAGGUCUUUGGGAAGGACACCCCACUGGAGGACAUCACUGGAUCCCCACGGAAAGUCUGGCAGAAGAAGCAGCGGGCAGCUGAGACAGAUUCCUUGCAGAUAGAUACAGCUCCGGAGGAGGAGGAGGAAGAGAGUCCAGCAGGAGAACUGGAAACUGUGGAAGUGACAGUGGGGACCUUGGACCUCCGGGAGUUUGAAGUGAUGCCCAAGCGAAACCGCAAAAGGCGGAAGAAAAAGAAUAAAAAGAUAGAGAAUGGGCUCUGUGCUGAAGAGACAGGAUGCUGUGGGACCCAGGGUGAGCAGCCCAGCCUGGAGCUGGUUACAGAGCUGCAGUGGAAGUCUGGGGCUGAGCCCGUUUCCUGGGAGACUGCAGGAGACCCUCAGACCCGGCUCCGUGAUGCCCUGUUCACAGCCUGCAAGACAGGGGAUGUGGGGACACUGCGGCACCUCCUGUGUGAUCCAGAGAGCAGGGGCCCACUGGGGGACAGCAAGGAUGGGGAUGAUGAACAAACUCUGGAUCUGGCCCACUCCCUGCUCAACCAGCCUGUGGAUGAGCAUGGCCUCACCCUGCUUCAUGUGGCUGCACGUGCAGGGAGGGCUGAGGCUGUGUGUCUGCUACUGGAAGCAGGCGCUGACCCUGCACUCAGAGACAGGCAGGAGAGGACCCCUUACUGCAUCUCUGCUGACAAACCAACACGCAAUGCCUUCCGCAAAUUCAUGGUAGACCACCCAGACAAGUACGACUACAGCCGUGCCAAGGUACCUGGCCCCCUAACUCUAGAGAUGGAAGCCAAAAAGCUGGAGAAAAAGCGGGCACAGAAAGCCCAGCGGAAGCAGCGGGAGCAGGCACAGCGGGAGGAACGGCAGCGCUUGGAGCAGGAGGAAGAGGAGAAGCAGCAGUUUGCAGCCCUGUCUGAUAGAGAGAAGAGGGCCCUAGCUGCUGAGCGGAGACUGGCUGAACAGAUGAAAAAUGGCAGCACAGCUCUUUCCAACAUCAGCCGUUGCUGGUACUGUGGAGAGUCCCUGCUGGGCCGGAUCCCAUUCCAUUACCUUGAUUUUUCCUUCUGCUCCACAGCCUGCCUGCAAACCCACCGCCGGGCCCAGGCCAGCCACACAUAAGGCUGGGGGUUACCAUCAUCAGCCAGGGACCCACGUGGUGGAGACAUGGCUGAGCACUAGCUAUGCAGCUAUGGAGAGUCUGUAGAACAGUGCUGGUAAGAGGGACUGAGCUGGUCAUAUCACUCUCUGCAGCAGUUUUCACAAAACUGGGCAGCUGCAGCAUAAGUGUGACUCAAAGUAGUAACAAGCGAGGUCUGCACAUGUUAGUGCAAAAGACCAAGUCUGCUCUGUAGUCUGGUUCCAGCUAGGAAGUCCUACUGCCUGCUUUUCUGAUGGGUAUCUUAUAGGCUGCUGCUUGGGGUGGUAGUACAGAUUCUGAUCUGAACAAACCCUGCAGCCUUGAGCCCCCAUGCCUGGAAGUACCUUCUCACCUGUAUCUUGCCCUUUCCUCUCCUGGAAGCCACUGAGUCUCAGCCAUAUCAUGUUAAUAACUACCUCUUCUGCCUGCAUUGUCAAUAAAGAGGUGCCUUCAACCCCCUUCAGGUGUAUAAGCAUGAAUCUAUUCAGGAUGAGUUCAAGUAUUAAUGGAAAACAAGCUGAUUCUGGGCUCCUUUCCUAGUACAGACCCUGCCUGGCUCCAAAGCAGCCAACUUUGGCUGUCUCUGCUGG